GGGCGAGCGUGGCAGGAAGCGGAAGCGGCCUGCGGCCCUCCCCCAGCCCCGCCCGCGCCGCGCCGCGCCGUGCCGCUCGCCGCCGGGCUAGCACUGACGUGUCUCUCAGCGGCGGUGCCGGGCUCCGGAGCAGGUUGGGCGGCGGGCAGCGUCUCCUCCCCCGAAGCGGAGCCGAAGCGGAACCGGGGCCCCAGCAGCCGCCGCCAUGGCGAUCAAAUUUCUGGAAGUCAUCAAGCCCUUCUGUGUCAUCCUGCCGGAAAUUCAGAAGCCAGAGAGGAAGAUUCAGUUUAAGGAGAAAGUGCUGUGGACUGCUAUCACUCUCUUUAUCUUCUUAGUAUGCUGCCAGAUUCCCCUAUUUGGUAUCAUGUCUUCAGAUUCAGCCGACCCUUUCUAUUGGAUGAGAGUGAUUCUAGCUUCUAACAGAGGCACACUGAUGGAGCUGGGUAUCUCUCCCAUUGUCACCUCUGGCCUUAUCAUGCAGCUCUUGGCUGGUGCCAAGAUAAUUGAAGUUGGUGACACCCCAAAAGACAGAGCUCUCUUCAAUGGAGCCCAAAAGUUGUUUGGCAUGAUCAUUACUAUUGGCCAGUCUAUCGUGUAUGUGAUGACGGGAAUGUAUGGGGACCCUUCUGAAAUGGGUGCUGGAAUCUGCCUGUUAAUCACCAUUCAGCUCUUUGUUGCUGGCUUAAUUGUCCUACUUUUGGAUGAACUCCUGCAAAAAGGGUAUGGCCUGGGCUCUGGUAUCUCCCUUUUCAUUGCAACUAAUAUCUGUGAAACCAUUGUUUGGAAGGCAUUCAGCCCCACCACCGUCAACACUGGUCGAGGAAUGGAAUUUGAAGGUGCCAUCAUCGCAUUGUUCCAUUUGCUGGCCACACGCACUGAUAAAGUCCGAGCCCUCCGGGAGGCAUUUUACCGCCAGAAUCUCCCCAACCUUAUGAAUCUGAUCGCCACCAUCUUUGUCUUUGCAGUGGUCAUCUAUUUUCAGGGCUUCCGAGUAGACCUACCAAUCAAGUCUGCCCGCUACCGCGGCCAGUACAACACCUACCCCAUCAAGCUCUUCUACACCUCCAACAUCCCCAUCAUCCUGCAGUCCGCCCUGGUGUCCAACCUCUAUGUCAUCUCCCAGAUGCUGUCGGCUCGCUUCAGUGGCAACUUGCUGGUCAGCCUGCUGGGCACCUGGUCGGAUACUUCUUCUGGGGGCCCAGCACGUGCUUAUCCAGUUGGUGGCCUUUGCUAUUACCUGUCCCCUCCAGAAUCUUUCGGUUCUGUGUUAGAAGACCCUGUGCAUGCAGUUGUAUACAUAGUGUUCAUGCUGGGUUCGUGUGCGUUCUUCUCCAAAACAUGGAUUGAGGUCUCAGGUUCUUCUGCCAAAGAUGUUGCAAAGCAGCUGAAGGAGCAGCAAAUGGUCAUGAGAGGCCACCGAGAAACUUCCAUGGUCCAUGAACUCAAUCGGUACAUCCCUACAGCUGCAGCCUUCGGUGGGCUGUGUAUUGGUGCCCUCUCGGUGUUGGCUGACUUCCUGGGCGCCAUUGGGUCUGGCACUGGCAUCCUGCUUGCGGUCACGAUCAUCUACCAGUACUUUGAAAUCUUCGUGAAGGAGCAGAGCGAGGUCGGCAGCAUGGGCGCCCUUCUCUUCUAAGCCCGCCUCCCAGGGACCGGGGGAGGAAGUGCGCUGGAAGUCGCCGGGAGGGGGCCAUUGUGGCGAGUGCUGCUGCAGCUCGUGGACUUUUGUCUGAUGACGUUUUUGGAUUUCGUGUUCUUUCAUUCCACUGUGUAAAGUGCUAGACAUUUUCCAGUUUGAAAUUUUGCUUUUGUUCUGGCAUUGGCAA